AUGCUCGUCGUAAGGCUCGCCAAGGGUUCAUCCCGUGGGUUCAUGGAGAGCAACGAUGAAGCCCAAAAGUCCAGCCUUAAGAACAUUUUUCUCCCCGAGGAGGACCUGCAGAGGAAAUAUGAAGCCCAAGAGCCCAGCCUCGAGGACAUUUCUUUCGUUGAGAGGCACCGCGAGCUAUGUCUUGUUCUGUUGUUCGAGAAGAGCAUCGUCGAGGAGGUCUUGAGGGGCGAUAGCCAGAAGACUGCGAAUUUACUUGCUGGGCCGGCGUCUUACGCCCUGAGCAAACCAGGGGUGCGCAACAGCUGGGUAGCGGGCAUCCUGGAGGCGAGCAGGGCCGCUGGGAACACAAAUAACCCGCCAGUCCUACCCACGCCUCGUCGGAAUGCGUCGAUCCCCGCUUAUCCAACUUUCGACGAGGUCCUUCGCACAUUGCCGGAGCCGAAAAAGAUGCCUGAAUGGGGGCAAAGAUACCUCAGUUCACUGAACGAACGCUUCCCGCUGAAGCCGGAAGGGCGUCUUGACUGGCUGAAGAGAAAUAAGCUUUACCUCGUCAUCAAGCUGUACGACGCGAUCCGCAGCGUCUCUGAUAUCCGGAGCCGUGAGGACGGCAUCAACGGCGCGCACUUCAUCGCUUAUGACAAGCCAUUCUUCAGCCCGCGUACCUCGGCCAAAACGAUCCAGGACGCUUGCUGGAGGAUCGCGACGGCGUUCUUAGAUGGGGUCGAGCACGGCUUCUUCAAACCCAAAAUGCCGAACUGUCGCGACGAACGGCCGCUCCCUCCUAUCAGCAAGUACUUGCCGUGGAAUAAACGCUUCGCGCUCAUGCUAGAAAUCCUCAGGCAGAGGAAGGCUGUCUGCUGGCGGCUCGUUAAGAGCAAUCGUGGCAUCGAAUGUUUUAUUGCCAACCCUUACGUAUUCAGGAACCUUGGUAUCUGCGACGCUGAUCCGGAUGCCGCCGCUUUCCAUCCAGACGACCAGGCGACGAUCGAUUUUUUAUAG